AUGACAACAUCAAUAGAUCCAAGUGUUGAUGAAUUGUUAUUAUUACAAGAAAAACAAUAUCAUAUACCGAAUUUUGUCUUUACGAAUGUUAAACCAAUUGGAGCUGAACGAAAAAUUGGACAACUAACAAAUUCAUCUACUCAAUUGAUAUCACAAAAACAACUUGGACAUCCAUUGAAUAUGAAUUUAAUGUUAAAAGAAGAUAGUAAUUAUUUAAUCUCAUCUGAAGCAUCAUCUCUUUACGAUUAUUUUCAUUUAUCUUCAACUGAACAACCAAUACAUUAUUCAACAAAGAAUGAAUUAGGAUUAUUAACUGAUAAUUCUUCUCAGAUAUCCAAUAAUUAUAAUUAUCAACAAUACAGAUCAUCACUCAUCCAACAACAACUUCAUCCAUCAGUUAUAACUCGACCACAAACAGCGAAACGUAUACCACAAGUUUUUCCAACUAGUCGAUUCUCUAUUCCGAAUUCAUCACAAUUCAAUUCAAAAAAUCCAUUUGUAAAUAUUUCUCAACAAAAACGAUCUAUUCCACCCGUAUUUACAACUCCAUUACAAUGUACACGAGAACGUUUUCAAGUCAAUUCAAUUGGUCGUCCAAUUUUACGUACAAACAAUUACAGUCAUUUCUCCCAAGUACAUAGUUUUAAAAUUCGACCAUAG